AAUAACAAAGCAGUAGUGUGUCACUAAAGUGGAUAUACGUCUAGUUUAAGCUCGUCGAUGGUAAAGUGCUAAUUAGUCGCGUUUGGAGAACAUUUGUGCGAAGUUUCGGUGAAAUAGAGUGUUUAGUGAUAUUUUUUAAAAGAUGACAACCACACGCAAUGAAGAUGCUCUCGGUGACUCAUGGGUGGAGUACCCUGGCAUGUCCACCCCCGUGGAGAGGGUCCUGAGCCCUAUCAACACAGGCCACUCCAGCCCGGAGAGGAUGAUCCCGCUGCCCUUUGCAUCCGGAGAGGAGUACCUGCGGCUGCUACAUGAGGCUCAGCGCGAGAGCUACAGCGGAUCGUAUGUCAGCUCCAAGAAUGGCAGCCCAAAGUCUCCUCCUAACAGCCCGAAUACCGAACUUGCCAAUGAGGAUGAAAUCAAAGGAGUCUACAUCAACGAUACUUAUAAGGAUGGAGACUUUGUUGCUGUGGACCGUAACACUGAUUGGAUCUGGGAUUGGAGCAGCCGGCCUGACCAGACGCCGCCCAAGGACUGGAAGUUCAAGCAUCCCAAGAGGAGAACCUACAGUAUUCGUACAACUAAAGUUGGCAACAAUAGUUUAUUUUCAAAAGAGGUUCUGUACACGUUGCUGUUGACAAACGUACUGUCGCUUAUUCUUGGAACAGGAUUUGGGAUGUGGCUGAGUCGGCGAGGACUCAACCUGACUCCCAUCAGACUGGACUGAGACAACCAGCAUUUCUAUCACUUAACAUAUGCAUUAUAAUAAUCGUUUUAGUUUCUUACGUGUUAUUUUGAUAAUGAUUUGUUCGUUUGUAUAACUGGAAUAUGAAUAGUAGUUUAUUUUGAAGAGGAAACAUCGGUCUUGAAAAGGUUUUAGUUUUUAAUCCAAUCUUUUUUUGAAAAAUUAUUUGUGUGCAACAUCCAGAUAAAAAGUUUAGUCACAAAAAGAAGACUGGUUAUUUUAAGUUUAUACAGUGGUUAUGUUAUUUUUAUAAACGUGUCCAAUAAUGUUCGUAAAAACACAUUUAUUUUUAAUAUAAUUUCUGUGUUUUUGGAAAUUUUUGUGAGUACUUAUUCUGUAAUUUACAUAAUUGAUUUUACGUAAAACACAAAAGGCCGUAUUUUAUGUACCACUCUGUCAAAGUGUGGUAUACGUUUAAUAAACUUUAAUUUUGAUAAGAUUCAUUGUACUGGAUACCCUUCUACAUUGGUUCUACUAUUUUAGAAAAAAAUUUGCAUGGAAGUGAUUUGUAAAGAUGGUGUAGAGUUUUGGACUUUUUUCUUAAAAAAAAUGUCAGUAAAGGACAAAAAUGUGUCUCAGAAAAAAUACAGUUCAGGAAAUAUUUUUAAUUAUUUACAAAAAUGUAAAUAAACAUCUGGAGGUGGCACACACACCACACCUUGUUAACCAUACGAGUCAGAUAUAGCAUGAAUUCUUUUUAUUUAUAUUUUAGUAUUUUAUAUGCAUGUCAUUAUGAAUUAGUUUUAAAAUUUGGUUAAUUAUUAAAAUAUUCAGUCGAGAAUUACUCAAGUUUCUGCUUUUUUUAUUAAAAACUAUUGAAGUAUAUUUACAUCUUUCAAUUAACAACAUUGUAACAUUUUUCUUCAUAAUUAAUAAUGAAAUACUUACAUUUAUCGCUUGGCUCCUAAAAAUUAUAACAUUUAUAUCCCCCAAUAAAUACAAUUUUAUUCAAUACUACAAUUUAAUUGGAUGAUAAAAUAGAUCUUUAAAUACUUUCUCCAGAUAGAUGAAAAAAUAAUAACAAAAUUGGUUGCUCUAUGAAUGUUCCUGUAAAUUUACCCAAUAAUUCAACUGUCAGUCAUUAUUAUUAGUGAUUACCGGAGUGGAUUUAAAAAUGUGAUACUUUGAGACUUGUAUCUAUAUUUUGUCGAGUAAACACCUUUUUUACAACAUAAAAUAAAGAACUAUGUUCUGCUCAGUUUAAUUAAAAAUACUAUUUUAUGUAUUUAAAUCUUUUUGAAACAAAUUAUAUUUAAAUUAAUUUUUUAAGAUUAUUCAAUUAAGUGAAAGGUAUUCACUGGGGUGAUUUGUAUUGCUUUAUAAGUAGAAAUUACUUUCAGGGAACUUCUAAUUUUGUAAGCUGUGGCUAAGUUGUAUUGUUUUGGAAAUGUAAUGUUUGUCUGUGAUUCAAAAUUACAGUACAUGAUACAUUAAUUCUGUUUUGUUUUUAUUUUGUAUUACAGUUUUAAGAUUUAUUUGUUACUUGUUAAAAGAAAUUCUUUGAAUUCCGUUUCACUUGUUUGAGAUACCUUUUCACGAGAUACGUACUGUAAGGGGAAGUUAUUGUGAUAUGUAGCGCUGUAAUGUACGAUCGUCCUAUCUUGAAUCAAUAUAAUCAUCUUAGUCUUUUAUUACAGUUAACAUUUUCAUAGCUUGGCGAAUUCACUCAACAUUUCCAAUGUUUGUAAUCAACACUAGCACUAUUAUAGACUUAGAUCAUGUUUAGGUAGUCGUCUCCUCGUAUAAGUUAUUUGUGUACUUUCUUAUAAUCUCUUUAUAUAGAAAAUUUAUAUUCUUGUACUUUAGGAAACUGUCUAUUAAGACUGAACUGUCACUUUGAUCCUCAUAGUAAUUUUUUGGCACAAAAGCUGUGUAUUAGCCCACAAUAAAUCAUCAUACUGAAGUUGUCGGUGAGUGACUAAUAUAUACUAUAUAAUAUAUAUUACUAUAUAUAAUAUUAGUAUGUAUAAUAUAUGAAGAGUUGAUUAUCGGCUAAUAGAAUUAAGAUGGUUUGAUUUAGAAGACUUAAUUCAUUUAUAUUGUACAGUUUGUAUACCAAAAUAAAUUAUUUGUAUAUGGAUCAAA